GACACCGGUCGCGAGUUGGCCAGGUCACAGUUAGCAAACGGAGUGCGCGGAGCAAUCAUAAAGCCACUGAUAAAGUCAAGCGACCAGUAAAGCAGUUCAAGGAGCCAUAAGGAUAAUGCGUAGCUGGUUUUUAUUUGGAUUAUAUGCGCUGCUAAUCGCCGCAACAGUUGGCCAACCGCUGCAGCAAAAUGAGUCCGGAAAAAACGAGGAUAGCGAAAGGAGCGAGCGAGUGAGUCGCCAAAUUCCCUAUUUGGGUGGCUACGGAGGAUAUGGCAGUGGCUACGGAGGAUAUGGAGGUGGCUACGGAGGCUAUGGAGGAUACGGCGGCUAUGGAGGCUAUGGAGGACUCGGCGGAUAUGGGGGAUACGGGGGCUAUGGAAGCUACGGCGGCAUACGCUCCUCACUUUAUCCCUACGGCAAUCUGUAUGGCGCCAGCGGCUUGGGACUGGCGGGCGGAUAUUAUGGUCGUCCUUAUGGUUAUGGCGGUGGCUAUAAUAUUGGAUAUCCGGCCAUUGGCGGCUUCGGUGCCACCGGCGGCGGCAUCUUUGGUGUUAGUCCAUUCUAACCAUUCGCUUAAGUGGAUAUACGAAAUAAUAAAACCAAAACGAAAAACUAAAA